CGUACCCAAAGGACGCUGAGAAGCUACCAUCUUAUACUUUAGUUGUUUUUGUUUAUAUGAGUUCUCUCUUGCUCUCCUUUCCCCGUGUGACCAAGACUGUGGAGUAAUACAACGCUGAGAUGUCUAUGAAGAAGGCAGGUGGUAGAGGACCUGGGGGAGCAGGUGAGGAGCCGGUGGUAGAGUCCAUCAUCCGUAUCCCACCUCAUCACUAUAUUCACGUUCUGGACCAGAACACCAACAUUGCCAGGGUGGAAACGGGUCCGCGCACCUACAUCCGACAGGACAAUGAGAGGGUUCUCUUUACGCCGGUGCGUAUGACAAUGGUCCCGCCCCGUCACUACUGUGUGAUACUGAAUCCAGUUGCCCGGGAUGAAGCUGGCCGGGUGCUCUUUGAUGAGGCGGGUCAGGUUAAGUUGCGCCAUGCUGACCUGGAGAUCAGGCUCACUCAGGACCCCUUCCCUCUCUACCCGGGAGAGGAGAUAGAGCAGAAUAUUUCAGCUCUACAGGUUGUAUUUCCUGACACAGCUCUCCGGCUGCAGGCCCUCCUGGAUUUUGAAGAGGAAGGGGGUGAAAAGAGAGUGGCUGGGGAUCAGUGGUUGUUUGAAGGACCAGGGACCUACAUCCCCAGGAAGGAGGUAGAAGUGCUCGAGAAGGUGAAGGCCACGGUCAUCCGAGACAACCAGGCCAUCCGCCUUAAGGCCCGCAAAGAGGGCUUGGACAGAGGCGGGGUGCAUAGGGUUACUGGGGAAGAGUGGCAAGUGAGUAAGGUGGGAGCAUACCUACCUGGAGUUCAUGAGGAAGUUGUGGAUAUCGUCAAGGCUUUCGUCCUUACUGACAAGAAAGCUCUGUACGUGCAAGCCCUUCGUCCAUUUCGUGACUCUGGAGGCCGGGAGAGGCGUACAGGGGAGGAGUGGCUUGUCACAUCAUCCGACUGUGAGGCCUACAUCCCCUCUGUGGCAGAAGAGGUGGUAGGGGAGGUGAAAGUGACUACACUUAGCAGCCGGCAGUACUGUGUGAUUCUGGACCCAGUCGGGCAUGAUGGAAAGCCACAACUGGGACAAAAGAGAGUUGUGAAGGGAGAGAAGUCAUUCUUCCUGCAGCCAGGGGAGCGGUUGGAAAAUGGGAUCCAGGAUGUGUAUAUUCUUUCAGAGGAGGAGGGGCUGGUCCUGAGAGCUGUGGAGGCCUUCACUGACACUGAGGGGCAGCAAGAGCAGGAUGAAGAGGAAGAGGAGGGAGGAAGACGUGGAGUCCCGCGUCGCCCUGGUGAUCGUUGGAUGUUACGUGGGCCAGUGGAAUACGUCCCACCAGCUACAGUGGAAGUCUUGCUCCAGCGCCAGGCCAUUCCGCUGGAUGAGAAUGACGGAAUCUAUGUCCGAGACAUCAAGACGGGCAAGGUCCGUGCCGUGAUCGGCCACACUUACAUCCUGACUCAGGAUGAGGAGCUGUGGGAAAAGGAGCUGCCCCACAAUGUAGAGACCUUGCUGGCGUCUGCCCGAGACCCCCUGGCAGAUCGUUCACAGAGGGAGAGACAAGCAGAUGAGACGAAGGAGAGAGACAAAACCAGGGUGGUGACCUACAGAGUCCCCCACAACGCUGCAGUGCAGGUCUAUGACUACCGUGAGAAGAGGGCAAGAAUUGUCUUUGGACCAGAGCUGGUAAUGUUGGGCCCAGAUGAACAGUUCACAGUUCUGUCUUUAUCGGGAGGCAAACCCAAACGACCAAACGUCAUCAAGGCCGUCUGUCUGCUCCUGGGGCCUGACUUUUGCACCGACAUCAUCAUCAUCGAGACUGCUGACCACGCCCGUCUGCAGCUGCAGCUGGCUUACAACUGGCAUUUUGACAUUGACCCCCACGCAGACCCAGAACAAGCAGCAGCAGUGUUCUCUGUGCCUGACUUUAUUGGGGAUGCCUGCAAGGCCAUCGCUUCUAGAGUCAGGGGUGCAGUGGCAGCCGUGCAGUUUGAUGACUUCCACAAGAAUUCAAACCGGAUCAUUUCCUCGGCUGUGUUUGGGUUUGACGAGAAGAUGGCGGUGCGGUCCAGUUUACUCUUCGGCCAGAAUAAGCUGAUUAUCAGCAGUGUGGACAUCCAGUCUGUGGAACCGGUGGACCAGAGGACCCGGGAUGCCCUGCAGAAGAGCGUCCAGCUGGCCAUCGAGAUCACCACCAACUCACAGGAGGCUGCUGCCCGCCAUGAGGCAGAACGUUUGGAGCAGGAAGCCAAGGGCCGUCUGGAGAGGCAGAAGAUCACCGAUCAGGCCGAGGCUGAGAAGGCCCGGAAACAGUUGCUGGAGCUGGAGGCUCUCAGCACUGCAGUGGAAAGCACAGGAGCAGCAAAGGCCGAAGCACAGUCCAGAGCUGAGGCGGCCCUCAUUCAGGGAGAGGCAGCUGUGAACGAGGCCAAGCUGAAGGCUGAGGCUCAGAGGAUUGAGGCUGAAGCAGAGCUAGUGCGCCUUUCAAAGGCGAGGGAACAGGAGCUGUCAUACCAGGAGCAACUGAAUAAACUGGAGGUGGAGAAGCGGGAGAAACUGGCAGAAAUUGAAACUGGUCGCUUCAAGGAAAUGGUGGCUAGUCUGGGCAGUGACACACUUCAGGAAAUGGCCAGAGCUGGACCAGAGAUGCAGGUGAAGCUGCUGCAAUCCCUGGGUCUGAAGUCCACUCUGAUUACAGAUGGAUCCUCUCCUAUCAAUCUCUUCACUACCGCUAAUGGCCUGCUGGGGGGGCUCAAGGGAGAGUGAGGCUGGGGGAAACGGGGGAAUGAAGGAUGAAGGUGCAGAUGAAGGGAAAGGGGGAAAUGGGGAUAGAGUUCGACGCAAACGGAGAAAUGUUUAGUGAAAAUUAAAAUGGGAACACCAAACUUCCCUGAACACAAUAUGCACUCACAUUUAAGCCUUAACUGGAAUAGCCAUUAUAAAUAGAAGUGGCUUUAUUGAUUUGGUAAAUGAAAAAGGUAGAAGGAAAGGGGGAUACUUUCCAUCUGUAUUCUUGCACCUUAAUGACACACUUUAAAAUGGAGAAGAAAUGGUUAUUUCUAAAUGCCAAAUCAUGUUAAUGCACUCAGAUGCGGAGGAACCAAACAUAUAUAUGCAAGUUAUAUUGUUUUGAUUGCUUUGAGCCAAUUGUAUCUAAUAUUGGCAAGGAUUUUUCCAAGCUGCACUCUUUCAGGCUAUUUUCUCCUAUUGCAGGGGGAAACCACUUCUUUGCCAUGGUGUCAUAAAAUUGUUCUCUAUAUUAUCAGUCUACUUUUGCAUGUUACAUAGCACAAGUAUUUUGUUAUGAUUCAGUAGGAUUGUCAGCAACCAAAAAAUAAAUAAAUAAAAGGAUUUUCUACCAA